AACGGCUUCGUGGUGCUCAAGGGGCGCCCCUGCAAGAUCGUGGAGAUGUCCACCUCCAAGACGGGCAAGCACGGCCACGCCAAGGUCCACUUGGUUGGUAUUGAUAUCUUCACUGGUAAAAAAUACGAAGAUAUUUGCCCAUCAACUCAUAACAUGGACGUUCCAAAUAUCAAGAGGAAUGAUUACCAGCUGAUAGGUAUUCAGGAUGGGUAUCUCUCCCUGCUGACAGAAAGUGGUGAAGUUCGUGAGGAUCUAAAGUUGCCAGAAGGGGAUCUUGGCAAAGAAAUAGAAGGAAAAUUCAAUGCCAAUGAAGAUGUGCAGAUAUCCGUCAUAAGUGCAAUGAACGAAGAAUGUGCUGUAGCCAUAAAGCCUUGCAAAUAAAGAGGAUCACCAGGCUCGGGCAACUGCUCAGGUCUGGACAAACCACAGAUCUAUAAAUUUGGUUCUUAUUGUCACCAAAGCUCUGGCCUUCACAAGCAACCUCAUUUCUUUUUUGAAUUGUUAAAAAGCAGUGCUGGAUUCUGGAUUAGUGUUGCAGGCUAACUGGCAGUUUUCAAAAUCACUGAGAUUUUAAUUCCUUAAUUGUAACUAUUUUAACAUUCCUGUGGGUUUCAGCUAUGGAUCUAAGAAACCAAUCAGGUGUUACUAGUGGAUAUAUUUUUAUUUGCUUGAGCAAAACAGUGUUUGUCUGUAUGAACAGACAAAAUACAGUAUUCAGGGGCUUUUAGAUAAGCUGGUAGGUAUCUAGGAUUAUAAAGUGACCUAGAGCACAAAUAGUAUUUUUCUUGACAUGUUUAGGUAGAACUGACAAUAAAAGUAGCAUUUUUUUUUUUAAGCUUAACUAUUUUGUGGAUUGGGACUCUUGCAGAACUGUAGGUGCCAAUCGCAACUUUUAGACCAAGAAACUCAAGUGAUCAAAAAUGCCAGCUGGCUUGACCAAGCCCCCAGUGGCCAUGUGCAACUUAACUGUAUUACCUCUGUAUUCUUCUUUGCCAACUUGUUGGCUUAAUGUAAGGAUAAAAUGGUGUCAAAGCCUACCUGUGGUUUAGGCAGGCAGUUGGAAUAUUGGGUAGAUAAGACAUAGAUAGGUCAAGGGGACACAAAGGUGAGAAUGGAUGUUAAAGCUAUAGACUUUCACUCGAGGCCUUUGUCAGACUUGAAAAUAAAAUAGAAAAAUGCAGUUCAAUUGCUUUCCUUUAUUGUAUUUAUCUUAAACUAUAAAAGGGUCACAAACUCCAUGGGAAUCUGUUGCAGUGCUUCCAGCUUUAGGUUUUAAUCUUCAGGUUCAGACCAUAUUUUUGUAGCAGAGGGACCACGUGUUUUUCAAAAAGUGGGACAAACUGUAGCAUUGAGCCUAAACUAAAUGCAUGUGAUUCUUUUUAAAAAAAUACAACUAUUGUAUUUUCAAAUUAUAGACUUGACAGACAAUACUGAACAACCAUGGCUUAACUAUAAAAGUAAAUAAAUUGCUACAUAGUUAUGAAAGCUAGCUCCUCUCCAAGGGAGCUCUGAGUCACUGAAACAUGCAUACAUGCCUCUAACUAUUUAGUAGCUUAACAGGCAAACACAGGGCUUCACGGAACUAGUCACGGAAGGAUAACUAGCCUGCUCCUGUUUAAGGCGUUCAACUUGAAUUCUAAGACUUGGUGACUCUUCAUGAGUGGGAAACUUCCUUAGUCCGUGGCUCAGACCUCUCUUUGCAGUUGCUAAAUUGUUUCAUGAACUUGCCUUAAGCUUCAGUGGCUGUUGGCUAAUGGAGGACAACUUGUAAACACGUGGCAUGCUGCCCUGGACAGCACGCACAAUUCACACUCUAUUGGCAGUGAGAGUCAGACUUCACGCUGCUGUUAACUGCUUAAAAUGUUUUCAGCUUAGUAGUAUGUACUCUCUAAUCCCCAAAGGGCUCAUGGCAACUGUCCUGAACUGCCCUUGUACAUACUGUGGCAGGGCUUAGCAAAUCUUGGAGGUCUAACGUAGAUGGCAAAACCGACUUCUCAUGACAGGGAGAGCAGUACAGUGAAGGUAAAGACAGCAAUAAAUAUACUCUGGUAAUAAAGCACAGUUACCUGGGACACCUGGCAGAAGUAGGAUACUGCCACACGCUCUUGCCUAGCACAAUACACAUUGCAGGUGAACUCCAUAAAUAGCACCUUGACUGAAAUGGCAAAACCGCUUAUAAAAAAAGCUGUAGAUGCAAGAGAUUGACAUGCAUUCCGAAUGGUUUUGAAGUGCAUGCUUAAUAGUUCCAGCUAGUCUGCACUGUGCUCCUUUCUGCCUCUCCAUCGAACUGGUACCUGAAAGACAGGCUUUGUUGGCUUUGGAGGUGACUGUGAAACCAUUGAUGAUGGUCUUGCAAGCAAGCUGAGCUGUGUGAUGUCAAAUGGGAAGUCAUAGGUUGCUAUGUCAAACUAAUGCAAAUUCUAAUGCUAUCACGGCAUUAUGAAUGCUUCUAAUAUGCUUGAUAACUACGAGACUUGGAUUUGUCCUUGUUCUGGUAGUGCUUUAGUCUACUUUCAGGUGCCUGUCUGUCCUGUAAAACCUUGUUGGAAGGAAGACAGGCACUUGAUGCCCCUGGCCCACAAUCUGAGCAUUUACUUAGACUCUAAGCUCUCUGGGACGAGGGCUGGUUUUUGUCCUGUUCCUACAGGUGGGGUCCUGGUCUGACUGGAGUUUUCAGGUACUACAGCAAUCUAAAGAUAGAGGUUUUAUGACCUCCAGCUUGCUGGAAGAGCCCUCCUUGGGACAUACGGAUGUCCUCCUAUUGCAACCUUCAGUUCUGCAAGAUUUAAAUGAUUAAGUACUUCAUUAUAGGUUUGUUCUUAUAUACUUAGUUGUCUUUUGUGAAGCACUUCGAACACUAUGGAAGUGCAGAGCGUUGGCUCGUCAUGCAUGAAGUUUCCCAUAGGUGAUACAUAAGCAUGAGUCUUAAGCAUAAUCUCCAAGUUUCAGUAAGGUUAAAAGUUGCUUCUAAAUUAGAACAUGUAUUUGAGGCUUUUUUUCCAAAGUAAGAUGUUUCAGUUUACUGUCAGAAUCGUUUGCAACAAACUUUGUUUGUGAUAAAUAGUCCAUAUAGAUGUGUAUUUUUAAGAUCCCUAACCAAAUGCUUAGGGAAAUUAUCCUUUCAUAGCUUUACUUUAAAACAAAUCUUACCAAUGUACUUGUUCUGUAGUACUGUCUUAAUACUUAAAGUGUGUCAAAACCGAAAACUAUAAACUUGUAAUAGCUGAAGCAAUUGCUUAGAGUAAAGGCUGUGAAAACUAGGAGGUGAAGAAAUGUAUUUCCUCUCCAAAUAAUGCAUUUUUUUUUUUAUGGCUCCAAUUCAUUGAGUUUCUCUUACUACUUUACAGAGUUGGAAAGACUGCAGUGUUUCCUGCCUUCAAAUGUUGGCAAAUAAUACUUUAAGAUUUCAGUAGAUCCUUCUAAUUUUUGCUUAUAAUGGUGGUUUUUCAACUAGGCUUUUGCUAGUUGAGCCAUGUUCUCAGGGCUGUUUUUUUUAAGAAGUUAGCUGAAUUUCAUUGUUUUAACAUAACUGCUUUCAAGCCUCUAGCAGGUUUUUCUAAUCCACGAUGUACCCAGAAAUGGUGCACAGUCUGUAGUUUCACAGUACAGGUAAUUUUACAUAAUCUGUAAAGAAGUCAAAUUUGUUGACAGUUCAAACUCCUAUGGUUACUGCAGGUCAGUCUCACAGAAUUCAAAAUUCAGUAAAUCCCACUUUUUUGGUUGAG